AUGUCUGUUGCAGAGUUUAGUAAAAAACGAAAAGAAAGGUCCACUCUUACUUUAGAGAAGAAGGUUGAGAUUAUUAGAAAAAAAGAUGAAAAUAUGAAACUAAGCUAUCAAGAUUUGGCAAAACAAUACCAAGUUGAUAGAUCCACGAUAAGCAAUAUUUUGCGAGAUAAGGACAAAUAUCUUCAGUUAUAUGAUACUACACCUUCUCAUAUACAACAACGUGUUCGCUUACAAAAGGGACAGUUUCAUAUUAUCGAUGAGGCAGUAUAUAAGUUGUUUUUAGAACUUCGUUCUCAAAAUAUUCCUGUUUCACAAGAUAUGCUUAAAACAAAAGCACUUUCAAUAUAUGAACAGUUAAAAAAUGGUGGCGUAGAAUUUCUGACUACAUUUGAGGCAUCUAAUGGCUAG